AUUCUCCAUGUCUCUCCAACUUCGUAUGUCCCUCACUAGUGUGUUACUAUAAAUACAUGUCAUUCUAGAGCUCUAGCUCUCUCAAGAAUCAUCUUACCACAUUAAAUCAUUCACUCUCUUCAUAUUGCUUAACUAGUUUCAUGGCUUCCUUGGCAUUUUCCGCUAGUAUUGGUCGCUCUAUUUCACCAUCAAAUGCAAUGGUUUCUGAUAAAUUUGAGAGCAGAAGAGAAGGGUCUUCCCUAGGCAAGGGUACUUUUGCAAGAAAACGUGACCCUCGGGACUCAAUGGUCCCGAAAGUUGCAACCCAAGCACCAACUGUGUUUCCAUCACUGGAGAAGGAACUUGCUGGUGACCGGAAUCAUGUUGCAUGGACAAGUGUCCGGCAAGAAAGAUACGAAGGAGAGCUUGCUGUUCAAGGAGAAAUUCCACGGUGGUUGAGUGGAACGUAUCUUAGAAAUGGUCCGGGCAUGUGGCACGUAGGGGACUACAACUUCCGGCACCUUUUCGAUGGCUAUGCCACAUUAGUCAGACUCCACUUUGAAAAUGGUCGAUUAAUCGCCGCCCACCGCCAAAUCGAAUCAGAGGCUUACAAGGCGGCAAAGAAGAAUAACAAAUUAUGUUACCGUGAAUUUUCUGAGGUCCCAAAGCCUGACAAUUUCCUGUCCUACGUAGGGGAAUUAGCUAACCUCUUCUCCGGAGCAUCAUUGACCGAUAACGCUAACACUGGCGUGGUCAAGCUCGGUGAUGGACGUGUUGUUUGCCUAACUGAAACACAGAAAGGGUCAAUAGUUGUUGAUCCAAACACCUUGGACACGUUAGGGAAAUUUGAAUACAGCGAUUCACUAGGGGGUCUAAUACAUUCUGCACAUCCAAUAGUGACGGACACUGAGUUCUUAACUUUGUUGCCUGAUUUGUUCAGGCUCGGAUACUUGGUGGUGAGGAUGGAGCCUGGAAGUAACGAGAGGAAAGUAAUCGGACGGGUGGAUUGUCGUGGAGGUCCUGCUCCGGGAUGGGUCCACUCGUUUCCGGUUACUGAACACUAUGUGAUAGUGCCAGAAAUGCCGUUGAGAUACUGUGCACAAAAUUUGCUAAGAGCUGAGCCCACACCUUUGUACAAGUUUGAGUGGCACCCGGAUUCCAAAGGGUUUAUGCAUGUUAUGUGUAAAGCUAGUGGCAAGAUUGUGGCAAGUGUGGAAGUGCCUCUAUUUGUAACAUUCCAUUUCAUCAAUGCUUAUGAAGAGAAAGAUGAAGAUGGGAGGGUGACUGCCGUCAUUGCCGAUUGUUGUGAGCAUAAUUCGGACACGACUAUCUUAGAGAAGCUCAGUCUGCAAAAUCUACGGUCUUUCAUGGGUGAAGAUGUCCUACCAGAUGCUAGGGUCGGGAGGUUCAUAAUUCCUUUGGACGGGAGUCCAUAUGGGAAAUUGGAGGCAGCAUUGGACCCAGAAGAGCAUGGGAAAGGAAUGGACAUGUGCAGCAUUAACCCUGCAUAUUUAGGCAAAAAAUACAGAUAUGCUUAUGCUUGUGGAGCACAACGCCCUUGUAACUUCCCCAACACCCUCACUAAGAUUGACUUGCUCGAGAAGAAGGCAAAGAAUUGGUAUGAAGAGGGUGCUGUGCCCUCGGAACCGUUUUUUGUGGCUCGCCCAGGUGCUACAGAAGAGGAUGAUGGUGUGGUGAUCUCCAUGAUCAGUGAGAAAAAUGGAGAUGGAUAUGCACUGUUAUUAGAUGGAUCAACAUUUGAAGAGAUUGCAAGAGGAAAGUUCCCUUACGGUCUACCAUAUGGAUUACAUGGAUGCUGGGUGCCAAAGAAAUAAAAUCAUUAAUCAAUUGGGGUUGUGUGAUUUAGCUAUCAUGCCUCAUGAUUUAUCACCAGUUCAACGCUGCUUAAAGAUUUGCACCAGCAGAAUGUUAAUACACAUGCAAGGAUUAAUAGAUAACUAACCCAUGAUCGAAUAUCGCUGGUUUGUGUUGCAUAUGGUGCUCCUUGUCUCUUGUUGUUGCAGUUGUGUUGUUGUUGUUGGCAUUCGGGUAUGAUUUUUUGUUGGCUUGUCCAUGUUUUAUAAAUAACAUGUAUCUUGAUUUGUCUGUAAAAUUAAAAUUACAUCCCAUGUUGAAAUGUUA